AUGACCGGAAACAAAAGACUUGAAGCUGUCAAACAGCAUUUAACCUCCUCUAGGGAGCAAACAGCUCAUACUCUGGACCCUAUUGCUAGCAUGAAUGAGGAAAGAAAAGGAACAACAUUUGACGUCCGUCAACUUACCUACCAUUUGGAUGGAGGCGAAAGAAUUACCAAGUUGAAGGAAAACAUGAUGUUGGAAUUCGAACGCGAUCCCUUAUUCAAGCUCGAUGAUAUGCACGAUCUCAGCAAGGAUCAAUUACGUGAAAGGACCAUGGAAAAGUUUCGUAGUAUCUUGCAUCAUUUUCAAAACGAGUCAGUUGACACUUUCAAAAAACGAAUCGAGCUCAUCAGCUUGAUCGAUCCAGGUUUUUGGACACGUUUCGGUGUUCAUUACGCAUUAUUUAUUGGAUCUUUGCAAAGCAAUGCUACGCCAAGUCAAAUGACGUAUUGGUUUCAAAAGGGAGCCGUAUCAUUAUCGGGAAUGAUAGGAUGCUUUGCAAUGACCGAGCUUGGCCACGGUUCCAAUAUACCUGGUUUGGAAACCACUGCCACCUUUGAAGAAGGUGCCAACCAAUUCAUUAUACACACACCCACAUUGACAGCCACAAAGUGGUGGAUAGGAGGAGCUGCUCACACAGCAACGCAUGCCAUUGUCUUUGCUCAGCUCAUUGUUCGUGGAAAGCGCUAUGGAACCAAGUGCUUCGUGGUGCCUCUUCGUGAUCCCAAGACGUAUGAGACAUUGCCGGGUGUAACCAUUGGCGACAUUGGCAAGAAGAUGGGAAGAGAUGGCAUUGACAAUGGUUGGAUCCAAUUCAGCAAUGUGCGCAUUCCACGCAACAACAUGUUGAUGAAGCACACCAAGGUUACUGAACUAGGAAAAGUCAUUGAGCCAAAGUUGCAGCAGCUGACAUAUGGAGCCCUUUUGCAAGGACGCGUUGCCAUGGUGGUCGAUAGCGCGAAUACAGCCAAGAAAGCUCUUACCAUUGGGAUCCGUUAUGCUGCUGUGCGCCGUCAAUUUGCUCCGACCAACAGUGAUAUUGAAACCAAGCUGCUGGAUUAUCCCAUUCAUCAACGACGACUGAUGCCAUUGCUUGCACAAGCGUUUGCUAUGCAUUUUACCGGGAGCGAGAUGACUGAAAUGUAUAACGACAUGAUGGGACAACUUGAUUCGGCUACGCCAGAUGACCUCGAUAUGGAUCAAGUGAUUGAAGCAUUGAAGGAGACGCAUGCCACUAGCGCCGGGUUGAAGGCGUUUUGUACCUGGAAUUGUUUGCAUACGAUUGAACAAUGUCGACAAGCAUGUGGUGGACAUGGAUAUUCAGCAUACACAGGCUUGGCAGGAAUGUACAAUGACUUUGCUGUGCAAUGUACAUGGGAAGGAGAUAAUACCAUUUUGACGCUUCAAUCCGGAAGAUACUUGAUCAACAGCUAUCGUGAAGCUAUCAAAGGCAAGAAACUAGCCCCAGGUGUCGGGUACCUGAAUGAACUCGGGACACUGAUCGGCAAGCGGUGCGCUGUUCCAACGUUGCAGGCCAUUUUGCAUCCCGAUGUUAUUAGCGAAGGAUGGCGAGUCGUGUGUGCCAAUGUUGUCAAGAAUGCUGCUAUUCAAUUUGAGACAUGUCUUGCCAAUGGCAUGGAUGUAGAUGAUGCAUUUGAGGAGUGCUCUCAAGCCCGUUUGUAUGCUGCCAGGUUACACACAUACGCUUACCUGUAUAACCGCUUCGCUGAUGGUGUUGCAAAAGUGGCAGAUGAACGUGUUCGAGCUGUCUUGACGGACGUGUGCAUGCUGUAUGGUCUUUACACUAUCGAGGAAAAUGACGGCGCAUUCCUUCAGUAUGAGUACUUUACACCCAAACAGAUGCAGUUCAUCCGUGCACAAGUGAACGUGUUAUGCAAAGUCGUUAGGCAGCAAGCAAUUCCUCUUGUUGAUGCAUUCAAUUUCAGUGAUUACAUCAUUAAUUCAGCUCUUGGUCGUUUCGAUGGCAACGUCUACAUCCAUUACUUUGAACAGGUGAAACGCGCCAACCCGCCACCACGAGACCAUCCAUAUUUUGAGCGAUUGAUCAAACCACUGCUUGAGCGACGUAUACCAGGACAAGAUGACGACGACGAUGACGAUGAGGAUGAUGAGCCUGAAUCGGAUUUGGAUGAUGAUCAAGAAUAA